CACACGCCCCCUCCUCCAUUCCGCUGCUCCUGCACCUCUUUUUGAAGCACAACGGUGCACUCUUGUUGCAAAAUGGCAAUGAAAUUGGCAUACUGGGAUAUUCGUGGGCUUGCUCAACCAAUCCGUCUGCUGUUGGAAUACACUGGUACCAAGUAUGAGGAGAAGUUCUAUUCUUGUGGUGACGCUCCCAACUAUGACAAAAGCUGUUGGUUUAAUGAGAAAGAGAAACUUGGGAUGGACUUUCCUAAUUUGCCCUACCUAGAGGAUGGAGACACGAAAGUGGUCCAAAGCAAUGCCAUAUUGAGAUACAUCGCCCGCAAACACAACCUCUGUGGGGAAACUGAAGAGGAGCAGAUGAGAGUUGACAUCUUGGAAAACCAGGCAAUGGACUUCCGCAAUGGUUUUGUCCAGCUCUGCUAUGGAGACUUUGACAAAAGCAAAUCAUGCUACACUGACAAACUGCCAGGGACGCUAAAGCAGUUCUCUGACUUCCUUGGGGACAGGAAGUGGUUUGCUGGGGACAAGAUCACAUUUGUGGACUUCAUCAUGUAUGAGCUGUUGGAUCAGCAUCGUAUGUUUGACCCAGCGUGCCUGGAUGACUACAAAAACCUUAGAUGUUUCCUUGAUCGCUUUGAGAGUCUUGAGAAGAUUGCAGAAUACAUGAAGUCAAACAAGUUCAUGAAAACACCAGUGAACAGCAAGAUGGCCAAAUGGGGAAACAAGAAGGAGUGAAACUAACAAGAUUGUGUCUUGAUAAAGCAUAAUAAGUUGCAACAUCAUCUGCUUUGGUUAUAAGGUCAAUGCAGUUGAAUUGCACACUGAUAAUUUUUUUAGAGAAACCCAAUUUAUUAAACCUUUCAAUAACUAACAAAGCGAGACAGUUAUCAUUAGUAUUGAUUACAAAAGCGUUACAAAACAAUCAGAAUUCUCAGUUGUUGUCUGUAGGCAUAGUGCAAGCACUUAGGAUUAAAUUGAAAGUGUUCAGGUGAGUGUCGCCCUUUGAUUUUUGACAGUUUGAUGCCAUGAAAAGAAAAGAAGCAUUUCAUUGUUGUUUUAUGGAUCUCACUGUUUGGAUUGUGAUUCUACAUUUGAAAACAAAGCAUUAAAUGCAGUACCUUAUUUUGACCCAAUAAAAGCACCGUUUUGUUAAAUGAA